AUGUCUUCUGUUGACGACGACUUUCUGGAUGUUGAUGAACUUGAAGAAUCGUGCGUAUUCUUCGAAUGUUAUUUGUAUCCAUUUUCACAGGUCUACGACGGGAUUCAUAUACCACUUUCUAUUAGCAUAUGCAUCUUUGGUACUAUUUCAAACAUCUUCAAUAUAAUCGUUUUGACAAGGAAAAAAAUGAGAAGCCCAAUCAACAUACUGCUUUGUGGGCUAUCAGCAGCACAGUGGCUAUUAGCGUCUAAUUAUCUUGCAUUUCUUAUAAUAGAGCACUAUCGGAUGCAAUGUUUCGCACUUCUAUGGUCCGAGGCUCUCACCUGGUAUCGAUUCUUUAAUGUAAACUUAAACGUAGUUUUUCACACCAUUGCCUUCUUGACGACGAUCAUCGUCGCUGUGUACAGAUAUUUUGCCGUCAAAUAUCCGCUCAGGGCAAGUUCAUACCUUUACAAGCCCCACAUUGCUGUUGGUGCUAACAUUGCUGUAUGGAUUAUUGUGCCAUUAAUGUGCGUUCCGGUAUUUUUCAUUUCAAAGGUGAAGGGCAUAGAUGGUGAUUAUAUGAACUGUUCAUUCACCGAACCUAUGUUUGAUCUUAACUACCAAGCAAAUCCAGUGCUUGUAUCGGCAGUAUUCUGGAUGUUUGGAAUCGUUUUGAAGCUGAUUCCAUCACUCGUUUUAACAGUUCUGCUCAUUGCUCUUAUCAGAUCAUUGAAAAGCGUUGAAAGGAGGCGUAACAAAUGGAAACAUGCCACCAGGCCACGUUGUACAGGAUCCGAUGCCAGAGCUGGAAGAAAAUUCUCUUCAAGACCACGAACGACCAGAAUGCUAGUUAUAAUAUUGCUCUUAUGCGUCGUGGUCGAGCUUCCAAACGGCAUACUUAACUUGCUUAUGGCAAUUUACGGGGAAGAGUUCGGGAUUCGCAUCUACGAUCAUGUAGCUACAUCGCCGUCAAUUCGUCCUUGGCUGGGUUCUGUAGAAUUAGAAGAAGACCGUCAAAAUCGAUUACAAAUCGCUAAGGACCAUGUUUUUUCGUAA